AUGAGGACCCGCUCCAGGGGCGCAGCCCUGCCCGUCCUGCUCCUGCUGCUGCUGCCGGGCACGGCGCCCGCCCGCGCUCAGCCCUCCUGCCCCCACUUCCCCGAGCUCCUGCCCGCCAAGCUCAAGGAGCUGAGGGUCAAGUUUGAGGAAAUUAAGGAUUAUUUUCAAUCCAAAGAUGAGGACCUCAGCGUCCAGCUGCUCAGCUCUGACCUGCUGGAGGAAUUCAAGGGGAGCCUCGGCUGCCGCUCGGUGUCGGAGAUGAUGGGCUUCUACAUGGAGGAGGUGCUGCCCAGCGCCAUGAGGAGCAGCGCCCAGCACCAGCACAGCGUGGGCGACCUGGGCAACCUCCUGCUGAGCCUGAGAGCCAUGAUGAGGCGCUGUCACAGAUUCUUCACGUGCGAGGAGAGCAGCAGGAGCAUGAAGAACAUCAAGGAGACCUUCGCCAGGAUGAACAAGAACGGAAUCUACAAGGCCAUGGGAGAGUUUGACAUCUUCAUCAACUACAUCGAAAAAUACUUAACAAUGAGGAGAAGGAACUGAGAGC